GCUUUUAUUAUUAUGACUGGUGUUUGUGGGUUUUAAGAGCAGGUAAAUCAUGAUGAGCCGGAAAGAUUCCCUGUUGGCCCUCCCAUAGGUGUGUAGCAAUUCAUUAGCAUGUGGUGUGUCUGGUUUCCCUGCAGGGCGGUGCAGCAGCAGCCUCCUAUAGAGGAAUCAGCAAGUGUGCAGGAGGGGCUGGACUCUCUGAGCUCCGCGGCUUCGGUUUUGUCGCUCACAUUGCGGAUGUUUGCGGUUGAUUGAGGAGGCUGGCUGUUGUUGUUUUGUUUCUUUGCAAUUUAAAGUGGUAUGAGAGUGGGGAGCUUUUUUAUGGCUAAUGGCACAAGUAGAGGUUUUCAAAAUACAAACUUUUCAAUACCUGAAACUUGACGUUGGCUGGAUCUGUCAUGUCAUUAGUUUGUUCAGAUGUUUAAAUUGUAUAGUGCUUUAAUGCGGACACGGAACAGAAUGUGCUUUGUGUCUUAUUGAUUUAUGGGCUCAGUUUUUAUUUAGUUUUGUUGACUUUGUUGAUCCUCUGAGCUCAAUCAUUGAUCAUGGUCGGUGGAAGAAGCGCCGAUCUGGCACCAACAGCCGCUGUCAAGGUCUUUUCAGCUGGAACAGCUGGCUGUGUGGCCGACCUGGUCACUUUCCCCCUGGACACAGCCAAAGUCAGGCUGCAGAUUCAAGGUGAAUCCAAACCCUCAUUGGGAGCCCAGAGAGCGAGAUACAAAGGUGUUUUUGGCACCAUCUUCACCAUGAUAAAGACCGAGGGCCCGAGGAGCCUGUACAGCGGACUGGUGGCAGGACUGCACAGACAGAUGAGCUUCGCCUCAGUCCGCAUUGGCCUGUAUGACACCAUGAAGCAGUUCUACAGCAGGGGGUCUGAGAAUGCAGGAAUCGGGACGCGGCUGCUGGCGGGCUGCACCACGGGGGCGAUGGCGGUGGCCUUCGCUCAGCCCACUGAUGUGGUGAAAGUCAGGUUCCAGGCUCAGGUCCGCCUGCCUGAGAGCGGCUCUGUGAAGAGGUACAACAGCACGAUUGACGCCUACAAGACCAUAGCCAGGGACGAGGGGGUUAGAGGCCUCUGGAAAGGCUGUCUGCCAAAUAUAACUCGUAAUGCCAUCGUAAACUGCUCCGAGCUGGUGACUUAUGACCUCAUCAAAGAGCUCAUCCUGAAGCACAACCUGAUGAUGGACAACAUGCCGUGUCACUUCACAGCAGCCUUCGCGGCAGGUUUCUGCACCACCAUUGUAGCAUCUCCAGUGGAUGUGGUGAAAACGCGCUACAUGAAUUCAGUGCCUGGGCAGUACAGUGGUGCCAUUAACUGUGCCUUAACAAUGCUGGUUAAAGAGGGACCCACAGCUUUCUAUAAGGGAUUUAUGCCCUCGUAUCUUCGUCUGGGUUCCUGGAACAUUGUGAUGUUUGUGAGCUACGAGCAGAUUAAAAGAGCUGUGGUAAGAUUUCAGCAGUCCUGGGAUUCUCAGCUCUGACCUGUCUGACAGCUGCUCUGGCACUGGAUUGGUGUUAUUAGUGUGGCAGAGCUGGUACUGUUUGUAGCAAGCAGCACAUUUUUCAGAGAGACAUCGUGGUAAUGACUGCUGCUGCUGGUCCAGACCUGUUCUUCCUCAGGGAUACAACAGUAUAUGCUUCGUUUUAAAGAGGAGGUUCUCAAAAGAAGAAAAACUGCAGGGGUGAUUAAUGGUGAAUGUUUGCGGACUUGCGCACAUUAUUAUAAUUUUUAUCUAGUAUUUUUAAAUGGCCUUUUUUUACAGAAGACAUUAGAACGUGUCAGAGGAGGAAAGGUACUGGUGUAAAUAAUGAAAUGAAUGAAGCUAAAUUCCAUUUAGCUGCUCAAGUUUCAGGGCCCUUGUAUUGUGCUGCUGUAAUGACUCACUUAAAUAAAACAGAGACCUUGUUAAUAUCCUUAGUAACACCUGUGCUUUCCCUACAGUCAAAAUUUCUGUUCAGAAAAAGGUUAAUUUAUAUUUGCACAGUAAAAUCUGGUGUGGAUGGGGA